GAUCCCCAAUUAUCUGCCUUUAGCCCUCAAUCUAGGGUUUCUCUCGAUUCGAAACUAACAAAAUCCAAUCCAGUGUUCUUUUUUUCUUUUCUCUCCAUCCUAGUUGAAAUCCUCUUUGCUGUCAAAGAUGAACUCAACUCUUAUCCAGUCGAGUUUUGAUUCUGACGGCGACCAGAAGGGUAGCACUGAGGCUAUUCCUCGUUUGAGCACCUCUGCGUAUGAAACACCUGAUUUCGGAUCUGGAGCGAAGAGGCAGAAGGUCAUAGAAGACGACAAGAAAGCCAAGGGUGGCGACGGCGAUGCGCUGGUGGAAACCGAAGAUGAUGAUGCUGACGAGAUUGAGGAUGGCGAUGAUGAAGAUGAUUUCAUGGAGGUCAAACAGUAUACUCCGAAGAGGACGAUGCGGGAGAAGUGUUCGGAAGAUGAUGAACGCUUCCAACGCUACCUUAAUAAAGUUAUUGAUAGCGAGGGUUUUGAUUUGGACGAAGACCCUCUAAAUGUGUACCCUUUCACUGGUGUCAGAGUAUGCAGGCUGACUUACGUUGAUACCUUGACUGCAAAUUAUGCAGUACAAGUUGGUUACGUCUAUUUCAUUACAUUUCGGGCCAGGAAGAAUUCAUCGUCGGAGGUCAAAACCUACCAAGCUGAGGUUUCACAUGACCUUUGGGGUGACAUGGUGGUAAAUAAAUUCCAGGAGAAAGCCCAGUGAUCGAGACCGCCUGUGCGGCCAAGUUGAAUGUCAAGCUAGCUGUUUAGGAUGCGGUCUCCAUUUUAAGCAGUUUGCAGUCGCUUUAUUUCUCACUUGGAUAUGUAUUCAUGAAGCAGAUUAUAGCACCCAUUGAUAGUGAUUGUUUAGGUUUUCCGUUUACUGCGAUUUAAGGAAUUGUACAUAAAUUUUAUAUCUUUUCUGCAUUUGCAUUCAGAACUGG